ACCCGACAGCAUGCAGCUGCGGUCGGUGCAUGCUGACUGACUGGGAUGCUCCAGCAGCUAGCGAGCUCGAGCUACUGUCCCUGGGCGCGGCGCGGCGCGGCCGGGACCCAGAGCAAGCGCUGAUCUGAGAAGAUCGAGAGCUGAGAGACCGGGAGCUGAGAGCUCGAUAGGGAUCGACAGUUCGCGAACUUAGCUUAGUCUUAACGUUAAUCGUAUAUGGGACUGCUGCGGAAUCCGGAUAUAAAUCCAUUUCUCAAGCUCGUCUAUUAUCACCAGCUUUUUCAAGAUAAUUGCUGAACAGAUAAUAACCCUAGUUUCUGAGUGAUCAGUGUGUUGCCGGGCCGUGAAGUCCCUUUUGAUUCUUGCUGAGAAUUUCAAAUGGCUGAUACUAAAUGGACUGCAAUAGUGAUCACAUGUCAAAAGAAAGAAAGUGCAAGGGCCUUUCAAGAGGAGUUGGAGAAUAGACAGAGGAAAGGUCAUGUUGAUCCUAAAACCCUUCUUCUGACGGUGGAGGAUCCGCUUUCGAAGGUCGGCAGUGGGGGCGCUACACUCAAUGCUCUUCUUGUGGUUGCUGAACAUCUGAGUCAACAACAGGGUUACACAGUUGUAAACAGUGAUGUUUUGGCUGAGGCCAAGAUCUUGAUUCUUCAUGUGGGUGAAGCCUUUCCCUUUGAUCCGUGUGGUCGUGGGUUUAUAACCCUUCCUUGCAAGCAUAGUAGCAGUGAGACAAUAGGCUAUGAUGGACUCGUCACAAACAUUGAUUCAAUCAUCCAUACAAUCUCAACCAAGCUGAGCGUGGAGAGUCCAGCUGGAGUAUGGGUGUCCAGUACUGAUAUGCUACUGACCAUACCAUCCAGUGGUCAGAAGAUGGACUGGUCAUCCAGUGAGGACAGUGCUUAUAUCUUUGCAGUUCCUGCCAGUGAUACCUAUGCUAAGAACCAUGGUGUUAUCAAGUUAAACCGCGAGGGUUUUGUUGAUGAUAUAUUCUACAAGCCUGUACCAACCCACAUGAAGCAAUGUACGCUACCUGACGGCAAAGUUUCUCUGGUCUGUGGUGUUGUUUUCUUUCCCUCAAGAAUUGCUGAGAAGCUUCUGUCAUGCCACGUGUGUCCCCCUCUCGAUGCCUGCACCUACAUGGGAUUAGACAGUGGUGUCAAACCUAUACAGAUGUCAUUGUUCUUUGAUUUCAUCCUACCGAUGGCUAGCAGUAAAGACAAAGAGGAUUAUAUCUCCGGGGAAAGGUGUAAAGCAUAUGAUAACUCAUUGCGCCCUCAGUGGUCCGAAGCAGAACUCCAUGUUAGGAGAACAGCAAGGUCUGUCCUGUGGAAUCAGUUCAGAGGACUCAGAUUGAAAGGAGUGGUGUUAGAGGAUGGUCGCCAUGACUACCAAACUGUGACUGCUGCCAUUCAUCUCCGUCAUCUCGUAAACUGUCCAAUGAGAGUAGAAGACAAUCAUUUUGCUUGGUCCAACGCAACUCACUGCUUUAUUGAGGAAGGAUGUCAUUUACUGGAUGACAGUCAUGUGAUCAACUCUAUCGUGGGGUCAGGGGUGGAUGUUACCGGCAAGUCAACCAUCAUUCUACAUAGUCAUCUCCAGUGCAAGAUGAACAUAGCUAAGGAUUCCUUCCUCAUGAAUAUUGAUAGAGAGGCCUCAGAGGAGCUUGAGAAUGUUAGUCUACCAGACAGCAUAUUCCUUCAAGGAUUCAACCUAUGCUUAGGUCAUUAUCCUAGAAUCAAGACCAGGGUCUAUACAGUCAUGGGAAAAUUUGACUCUGUUAUGACACCAUUCGUGAAAGGAACAAGCACAUUCUGUAACUCACCUUGGGCUGUCUUCUUCACUAGAACUGGAGUGGAUAGAGAGGAUCUAUGGGCUGCAAACUUGUCUGAUUAUGAGCGUACGUUGUACAAUGCCAAGCUCUUUCCGGUGAUGGCUUGUCAGAACUCCAUCGGUAUGAAGGAGGCCCUCUGGCUGCUGAACGGAGAGAAGGACGAGGACAUGCUUGAAAGGUGGCGGUCAGCAUGGAGGUUAUCCCUGGAAGAAAUCAUGACCAAUGUUGACCUUUCAUCAGAGUUCCAAUGGAGGAGGGAGAUGUUCACAGAUGUUGGACUGAUGAGAGUUGAAGAUAUCUUGAUGAACAGUAGGAACCAAGGCGUUCUACCAUUCCUCAAAUGUGCUGUCAUUGAAGGAUGUGCACAACAGAUGCUUGAUACACUCGAUGCUAUUGCCUGUAAGUGCAAUUCAGCUGGCAUAGCAGCACGUUGCCUGGCUUGUAUAGCUGAUGUCCUAGGUACGAUGGCUGGCGGAAAGGGUGGAUUAAGGAGUGGUCCCGGUGGGAAUAAGACAUGGACGGAUGCUUUCCAGUUACUAGAGGCAGGAAAGAUGCAGGAUGGUAUUCGUUCCCUCGCAAACCAUCGCUCUCAGUGGUUAGACCGUCCUGAUCGGCUUAUGAGAGCAGCUCGGCACUAUGAGGGUGCAACACAGAUACUCAUCAGACAUGCUAUUAUGCUGGCCAGACAGUUUAUCAAGACGAGUUCCUGCGAUCUUCCCCCAAUGGGCAAAUGGGUAACAGCUUUGUGUCCUUCACGCAUUGACCUAUCGGGAGGUUGGACCGACACUCCACCCGUCACGUACGAGUAUGGAGGGGCUGUCGUCGAUGCAGCUAUCCUUUUAGAUGGGGAAAAGAAAAUAGGAGCAAAGGUCAAAAGAAUACCUGAACCCAAGCUAGUCCUGGUCCUCGGUAAAGAGUCGGGUGGAACUGAGAUAGUCUGUGAAGAGCUCAAAGACCUUGCCAACUACACCAACCCACAAGCACCGGGGGCAUUAUUGAAAGCAGCAUUCUGUUGUGCAGAGGUUGUGACCUUUCCAAGUAGUCAAAGUCUGAAAGAUCAGCUAGAGCAGAGGUACGAAGGAGGCUUUGAACUUCACACAUGGGCUGAUCUACCUCGCGGAUCAGGUCUUGGUACUAGCAGUAUCUUAGCUGGUGGGGUUAUGGCUGCUCUCUGGAGGGCAUCUGGAAAGAUCUAUGAUCAUGAUUCUCUCAUACAUGCUAUUCUUCAUCUAGAGCAGAUGCUGACAACGGGAGGUGGCUGGCAAGAUCAAGUAGGAGGUCUUACACCUAGGAUCAACAUAGGACGCACCACUCCCGGUCUUCCAUGUAGAGUUGAGAUCUCUGCCGUACCCAUCAGUGAUGAGGAUCAAGAAUACUUCAACCAGCAUUUCAUCCUGGUCUACACGGGCAAGACUCGACUAGCCAGGAAUCUCUUACAGGAUGUGAUUCGUAACUGGUAUGCCAGGCAACCUCUCAUUGUACACAAUUGCCAACAGCUCAUAGACAAUGCUGAAGAAUGUGUGAGGGCUUUACAAAAAGGUGACUUUGAAAAGGUUGGUGAAUGUAUGAAUAAAUACUGGUCACAGAAGAAGAUCAUGGCACCGGGUAGUGAACCUCGUAUCGUCUCUCAGAUGAUGGCAGCUCUUAAACCAAUCGUUCAUGGUCAGGUCUUGGGUGGGGCUGGUGGAGGAGGGUUCAUGUAUGUCUUAACCAAGGAACCAAAUCAGGCAACCAAGGUCAGAGAGAUCAUCGCUGGCAUUGAGGGCACCCAAGAUGUUACUGUUCAUGAAGUAAAACUAGAUACGCAGGGUCUAUUGGUAGAGAUAGAGGAAUAAGACUUCACAUGCAAGACUAUCAAGAUGUAAUAAUAAAGGACAAUUGACUGAUAUGCAGGGGUGUAGUAUGGAGGAACACACUAACAUGACAUGUAUUUCGGGUACUGAUAUUUUCUACUAUAUUAUACUUGGUGGGGAGGAUGUUGAUGGUCUUAUAUCAGGGUUUCUAUGAUUCUUGCACUACUAUAAACUACACUCUAUUUGAGUUUGGAUUUUUGUGAAGAAUAUAGCCACUUAGACAGUACUGCCCUUGUGAUCUAGAAGUGUAUAGAUAAAUGUAUGAGAGUGGUUUUUUUUUGGGGGGGGAAGACAGAUUCUUUCAUUUGUUAACACUUUUUAACCUGUUAUUGGCUCUGAAGCGCCUUGUGAAAUGGAAAAGUGCUCUUGGUAAACGAGUUAUUAUGUAUUGUUAUUGUUAUUAUUAUAUUAAAAAACUUAUAAUAUUAUAAACUGAUAAUGCAGGAUUUUCUGAAAUAUGGUUUUGGGGGUAUGAAGGUUAUCAUGCUUUUCAUGAUCGACAAAAGUGUAGUCUUAAUAGGUGUGGAAUAAAUUCAGGUUGUGGAUUUUUUAGAGUAUUGAUAUACAUGUACAGUGGUGCUCAAAAGUUAGCGACCUCACUAGAAAAUGAACAUAUUUAAAGUGUUAAGUUCUGUCAUGUUUUAGAUAAUUUAUUGUGAAAUCAGGUGAUGAAUUAUUUCUUUCAAUAAAGUUUGUUUCUCUGGGCUUGCCUAACAUUAUAGUGUUGUUGUCUACAUUCAACACUCAGCAUGAAGGAGUACAUUUUGUGGCAGGGUUCACUAACUUUUGAGCUCAACUGUAGACAUGGAAUAGGGAAACGGCACCGAUCAGAUGUGUUUAUAUCCUUAAAGACCUCGGAUGUGAAAUAUUUCAAACAUCAUUUGAUUAUAUCCUUUCCUCAUGUAUCCAUCAUGUCAUCAAACGAGUACCUGGUGUAAAUGUAUUUGCAUCAAGUCCUACAUCACACAUAGAGAGAGACAGGUCUACAUGUAUGUAUUAACCUGGAUGGUGUUUCACAGAGAUUUAAGUAUGACUUAAGAGUUGCACUUAAAGGGGAAUCCAGCCUUGGCCAUAAAAUGUUGUGUUGGGAAGGAGAAAAAUAAAUUAAACAGAAUGGAGUAAGUUUGAAAGAAAUCGGACAAGCAAUAAGAAAGUUAUAGCUGCUUUAAAAUUGAGAUCACUAAUACUAUGUAGAUUUCAAAUUGGCAACUGAGUAAGUAAAUUAUGACAAGGGGCAAGGACAACUUUCCCAUAGGCCAUGUACUUUAUUAUCAGAGAUUUGUGGUUUUCUCCUAAGUACCCAUUCCCCUGGGGCAGUAAUCUAAAUAUAACCCAGGUAGUAUAUUGUUUUAUGUCCUCAUGAAAGAAAAAUAUAAUUUGAAAUAAAACUUUUGGGAAAAAUGACAUUUUAGCCAAAAUAUGUAUUGGAGUACAUGGAAGAGUAGUCCUUGCCUUACAUCACUAUGACAUCCCAUAUGCGGCCAAUUUGAAGUCUCCAUGGGUAUAGUGAUUACCAAUAUUUACAACUUUUAAAAAUUCAUAACUUUCUUGUUGUUUGUCCAAUAUUGUUCAAACUUUCACCUAUCAACUUGUCUGAAUUUUCUUUUCCUUAUAAAAAGAAGUUUUUAUUUGGGUUGGAUUCCCCUUUAAAUGCCUAGUUCCGUGCGUUAUAAAAGGCAUGACCGCAUUGGUCAGAUCAUGCCAAGAGGACGCGCACUACUGGGUACUGAUCAAUAAGAUCGCACGUUGCAUAUCAUGUAUGCGUCAACAUUUAAGUGCGACCUACAUUAAGUCAUACUUAAAUCUUUGUGAAACACCCCCCUGGUGACCACUGAUUUCUGUACUUCCAAGCUGUUCAAAGAAGCUGUUGUGUAAUAUGUCAACAAAAUUAUCAAGAAAGGAAAAUGUUCAAAUUAUGACUUUGUUUUUCCCUAUUAUGACAUCAACUCAUUUUGUGUGCCUUGAGGAAGCGUAUUUAUAUUUUAAUAGUCAAAGUUGUGCAAUGAUUUUAUGGCUCUAUGUACAGAAAGAAUGACCAUAUUUAUGUAAUUUUUUACCCAUUCAUAGCAGAGGUGUAGUUAUUAACCAGUGUCUAACUUACGCUUUUACAGAGUGUCAUUUUCCACCUCAUUGUUCAAAAAGUAAUUUUGAUACAAAAUGAGGAUUAUACGAGGAUACGCUAAAUUUCAAUGAAUAUUUGGAUUCAAUAUCUCUCUCAUAUGUAUUGAAGAAAUUAGAUCAAAACUGGCAUUUGUGGUCUAGCCUGGGAUAAUUAUAAGAAUACCAACCAAUGUAUCUUAUAAUUCCAUACAUUAUAUUCUUUGUUUGAUAAGGCUGAAUAUUAAAUCAGUAUGUUCACUUUAUGAUAGUUAGGAGUUUGAGGUAACUAUCAGGGUAGUUUUCAAGACUGGUACUUCCAAGUCAUGAAGCUGCUGGAGAAAUCACUCUACCAUAGACAUUUUACAUGUGACUCGGACCAAGGUCAAAGCCAAGGAUGGCAAAUUGGUGGCCUUGAGGCUAGCCUCAACUUCAUCCCUGUAAACUAUGUUAAGAUGAUGUAGUAUGAUGCGAUAACAUAACUUUGGAAAUCAAAGUGAAUUCUUCGCUGCAAAUUCAUCACUGCCUCUUAAGUUUGUGACACAACACAUGCUCCUGCAACAUUUGCUCUGGUCUUAAUAUCUCAGAGGGAUUAGGAUUAGAGUUGGGAUUGUAAUAAAGUUUCCAGUUCAGAGUAAUGUAAAGAUAAGGUUUAGGGUUUAUUUAAUUUUGGAGGUUAUGAAACGUGGAAACAUUUCAAGGAGGAUGUUGUGGCUGGUGUUGUGGGAACACCAACAGUAAAUCAAAUGUUUUGGUUUGUUGGGCCUUACUAAGUGUAGAUUAAAGAUAAAUUCCAGUUCUGGUAACGAUCUCAAAAUGACUUUUUACAUAAUCUAAUAUAAUGACCACCCAAGUGUCUGUUUGUAUGAAUAAAAAAUAUGUGCCUAAGGAUUCUGGAAGAAAUUGUGUAAUUGCUGAGAAAUAAGCAAAAUAAGCGCGGAUUCGGUCACUUCCGUCUGGUCUUUAUUCCAGCAAUAAUAAUACACUGUCCCACGUGUGCCUAUCUGUGUUGGCGAUUUUCAGUGUGAUCGUAUUUCAGCUUAUGUUUGAUGAUUUCACAAAGUUCAGUUUAUGUAACUACCAGAUCUAGAUCCACGAUGAUAUAGUCUUACUUAACCUUGGUUUUACAGACUUUCUCACGAAAUUAGUGUUUUACUGCAACUACUAUCAUUUAGCUUUAAUCAGCAUGUUUGUAAUAAGAAUCAAAUUUUACUUAUUUUGGCUUAAAGAUGGUUUAUUCUACUGUUGAUAAGAAAUACAGUGUAGAAACUAAAUUUGAAAAUAACAGCUUUGGUUCUUGUUAAAAGAAAAAAAUACUGCAAGACGACAUUGUAGAUAAUGUCCCAACAUGAAAUAUACUUCCCUUUAGUUCUUUAUCUGAGAAAGGAACUGAAAUACCCAACAGUUUGAGUGUUGGCACAGUUAAUAUUUUUCAAGCGUGCUUUAUUUUGGGGAUUAAAUCUCAUGAUGUUCUGCAAGGGCUUGGGAUAUUGUGUUAUUGCUGUCUGUGUAAAAUGAAAGAUCUACAUUUUUCUCUUUAACUUAGUGAAUUCAGUCACUUGUGCCCUUUUGCCAUUGUAAGAGAGCAGUGUAGAGUGAUUGUGAAAUAAACUGAUUACAUUUA